AUGAUCACAACUGCGGGUACAAGUGCGCCAUCGAAAUUACGCAUCAUGAAUUCUAAGAGAACAAACCGUAUGCGAGUUAUGACUGCUAAUUUGGCCAAGCUGCCACAUAAUUAUAUCAUUACCACAGAUGAAUUGGAACCUUUCCUUCCUUUGUUACCUGAUGUGGCUGAUAUUGAUAUGAAGGAACAAAAGCAACUUUUUCAACAACUCUAUUCUGCUGGAAUUGCUGCUUCCUGGUUGACAAUGAGUACAUCUCAUCAUUUUCCUCGAUUUCCUACAAAACUUGCUGCUACAACUUGUAUUGGUGAAGUAAAAGAAGGAUUUUGUUUCGAUAAUACUCAGAAUGAAAAAAUAUUCAAUGUCGCUACAGCAUUCCAAAAUGUGCAUUUGUCCCAGAGUCACCAGAUUUCAUUUACUCCGGAAGAUGCUGAGCUUUCUUUUAGUUAUGAUGCCAGUUGUAGAAAAUCAUUACAUUCUUGCAGCAUGAAACUUGGGAGAUUUUUUAUACAAAGUAAUUUUCAGGCUUUGAAAACUCUUUCGCGUUCGGGCAUUCUAGACGAUGCAGUUGAAUCAUUGCGACAGUUUCCACUGUUGGACGAAAACCUAUUUGGUGCAAAAGACGAUCCUUCAUCUCCAAGCAUUAUAACCCCCGAUAUUGCGGCUGCUGCUUUAUCGGCUUUUGCUGCCGCUACACUUCGUCGGCCUCCCACACGAGCAAUAGAAAGCCUUAUGGCAAGCUCUCAGGAGCCUGUAACUGCAAAUGGGGGUCCGGAUUCCACAGAUGAAGAGUCGUUGGAGCUAAAUUUAAGUGAGGAUGAAUCGGAAGACAAUGGGGAUAUGUUACUAAACCUCGCUGUCUCUGCUGGGGUAGCAUGUUUACAUCUAACUAAGGAAUUGGUGGAAAUUAGAGGAAAUCCUAAUUAUGCCAGUAUAAAUAAUGAUCGCACACCACUAAUGGAAGCGUGUUGUGCUGGUAAAACCUUGUUUUAUUCAGUAUACUGUGUGAAAUAUGAAUUUUUUAAACUUCAGUCUAGUUUUUAUGUUAUAAGUGAGAUAAUUUUUCUUUCUAGUCAUGUUGAAAUCGUCCAACAUUUAUUAGAACAUGGUGCUAAUGUUAAUGCUAUAAGUGCUACAAAGAAUACUCCCUUAAUAUAUGCAUCUGCCGCUGGUAACGUUAAGAUUAUCAAGAAAUUACUUUUGGGUUUUAAAACAUUAUUUUUGAGGGUAAUCGAUAUGGAAUUCGAAAAAUUAAGUAACAGAUACUGUUUUUGGUGCUUAUCAUUUACUGUGACAUUUCUUUUGCAGUGUGCAAAGUUAUUGCUGGAUUAUGGUUGUGACACAACCAUACGAAAUGAUAACGGGCAUUGUGCUCUUAUGGAAGCAGCCAGUUCCGGUUAUUUGGACGUUGUUUCCUUGCUUGUUGAACAUGGUGUCCAAGUGUUGCCAUGUAGUGAAGAUGAAUUGAAAGUUGGCCUGGAGUCGUCAUUAACUUUAGCUGCUUAUAAGGGUCACUAUGAUGUAGUUCAUUACUUGCUUGAAAAAGGUUCCAAAAAGUAUCAAGAAGAACUGCAUACUGCGUUAAUGGAAGCAUCUAUGGAUGGGCAUUAUGAAGUGGCGAGAUUGCUGUUAGAUAGCAAUGCUCCAGUUAAUUUGGCAUCGGAUUCUUUUGAAAGCCCAUUAACUUUAGCUGCUUGUGGUGGACAUCGUGAUUUGGUAUAUAUUCUUUUAUUUUUUAUCAUAAUCGCAGUUCAAACAUUGGAAGUUAUCAGGCAAUUUGUUGCAUAUAAAAUAAUAAAUGUACAAUUGUUAUUAGAAAGAGGUGCCAUUGUUGAAGAAGUAAAUGAUGAAGGUUAUACUCCUUUGAUGGAAGCUAGCCGCGAAGGUCAUUUAGUAUGUUUUAAUUUAUAUGUUCAUAAUAAUGCUCCGUUUAAUCGGCGUACUUUCAUGAUUUUUCAUGUUCAGGAAGUAGUGAAGUUGUUGAUCAAAUUUGGCGCCAAAGUAAAUACAGUGACUGAUGAAACGGGCGAAACUGCCUUAACAUUAGCAGCAUGUGGCGGCUUCAAAGAUGUUGUGGAACUACUAAUACGAAAUGAUGCGCGUUUGGAUAUUGGUGUUAAUACCCCUUUGAUGGAAGCGGCUCAGGAGGGGCACCUCGAAACUUUGGUUUACCGGCAAGUUUUUCUGAGACUUAAAAAAUUUCUUCGCUUUCAUUAUAAAUUGUGUGGAGUAUAUGUGAAACUUCUGUUUAAGGUCGAUGCGACAACUACUGCAAACAGUAAUACAGCACUUACGUAUGGAGCAGAAAAUGGUCAUUUGGAUGUUUGCGCUGCAUUGAUAGAGUUUGGUGCAAACAUAGAUCACCGAGCAGAAAAAGGACGAACGGCUUUGAUGAAAGCAGCAAAGAAUGGAAAUUACAGUGUCAUCCAGUUUCUUUUAAUGCGGGGAGCCAAGAGAAAAAAACAGGAGCUAGAAAGUUUCUUGUUUCAGGUAAACGAGGUUUCUACAGAUAAUGAUGCCAGUGCGUUAUCUCUGGCUUGUUCUCAUGGUCACUGGGAAAUCGUGCGAUUAUUGUUAGAUCAUGGAGCUGAUCCAUCUCAUGUUUUCAAAGUUGAAACACUUUUGAAUUGGCAUGAUGUGCCUGUGGUUACGCGUACACCAUUGUUAAGCAAACCACCAGCGUUACAGAAUAAUCGCUUGAAAAAGGUUGCACGACGAACAGUUAGCAAGAAGGCUACAACUUCAAUACAUCCGAAAAUAGAGUGUGCAGAGAGGUCGACUAGUAUGCUAGUCGAUGUUGAUGAAAAAAUGGGAAACUCUGAAAGAACAAGGGCAGUGACUGAAGUGCAUUCGUCUUGUACUCAUGAUUCUCAAUUGGUCUCGGGGACUCAUAGUAUGUCAACAAAUACCAGUGUGCCUUCUCAUUUGCUUGCGCAUUACAAUUAUCAGCAGAAUGCGAUUAAUCCAGAUGAGCUACGAGGGAUGAUUGCAGGGAUGGCUGCCAUGGCUGCGCAGUCGAAUGUACUUCCCAAUGAUCAUUUAUUCGCCCAAAUAGCCGAGAAGGCCUUGAGGGGCACGUUUACAAGUAGUGAAGUUACUAGUAGUUUAUCGGAUAAAAAAAUGCAUCAGCAGUUCAGUGAAUUGUUGAAACAGCAAUUCAGUAUAUUGGCUAAUCGUCAGAAAGAUGCAUUGGCAGGUUUGGGUGGUCCUAGUCCUUUACCAGACUCUGAAAACGAUGGCAGCACUUCAUAUAGCCCUUCUGUUGCAUCUUCUCCAUCACCCCCCAUGGUUGCUUGUUGUGAAACCACUGCUGCUCAUGUUACUCAAGUUUCAAAUCCACAUACCAAUACAAGGAAAGGAAGUAUUUCUAAUGAAAGACAGAAAUCUGUAGUAGGACGUGGCAUGCUAUUAAAAAAAGGUUUUGGUGAACAACGAGGUUGUUUCCCGCCGACAUCCAUCAGAUUCCCAGCACCGCCACCACCGCUCAUGAAUACAAAUAUUCCACGUGUAGGUUACAAUUGGUUAUCAGUAGAUCUGGAGAAAUGUUCAUUUUUGGCGGUGAGAAGAGAGAGUUCUCAGUAUUAUGAAAAAAUUAAAAGGUGGGCUUCAAGUCUAAAGGUUUCUGUUGGGCUUGUGCGGAGUGUACCGCUAUCUCCAAGGAAAUUACAACAUUCACCGUCGGCUAAGCAACAGCAGCACGUGAUUCCAGUUACUGGACAGCAUCGUCCAAAACUUGCGCUUGAAACAGCUGGUGACCAAUUAUUAGCUGAGAAAAGUGCAUCAAGAAGUCGAGCUAGAAGGACUUUGAGUGAAAGCGCGAUGCACGUUGGUGAUGGACAGCGAGCAGCUGAAAAAAAGGCAUGCGAUGCAGAUAGUGAUAGUGGUGAAACUGUUAACAAAAGUGGUGCUAAAAGCACAGUUGCUCACGCGUUUAACGUAGAUAUGCAGACUGACUCAAACCAUGAUACUGCUCUCACUCUGGCUGCGACAGGAGGACAUGACUCACUUGUUGAGUUGCUUGUCACAAGGGGUGCUGAUAUUGAGCAUAAAGAUAAAAAAGGUUUUACGCCUCUUAUAUUAGCUGCGACUGCUGGGCACUCAAAUGUCGUUGAAUUGCUUCUUAACCAUGGGGCGAAUAUUGAAGCGCAGUCAGAUCGUACUAAAGACACGGCUUUAUCUCUUGCUUGCUCUGGGGGACGAAAAGAGUUAUUAUGUUAUCAGGCAAUAAAUUAUCGCUUUCAAGUUGUAGAAAUACUUCUGAAACGUGGCGCUAACAAGGAACAUCGAAAUGUAAGCGACUAUACUCCACUUUCAUUAGCUGCCUCGGGUGGUUAUGUUGAUAUCGUGAAUUCGCUUCUUAACAGUGGUGCAGAAAUCAAUUCUCGUACUGGUUCAAAGUUGGGAAUAUCGCCACUUAUGUUAGCAGCGAUGAAUGGGCAUGCGCCAGCUACAAAAAUUUUGCUUGAGCGUGGUUCGGACAUAAAUUCUCAUAUUGAGACCAAUCGUAACACUGCACUGACAUUAGCAUGUUUCCAAGGACGUACCGAUGUUGUGCGAUUAUUACUUGAAUACAAUGCUAACGUUGAACAUCGUGCAAAAACUGGGUUGACUCCGUUAAUGGAAGCAGCUAACGGAGGUUAUGUAGAAGUUGGAGAGCUGUUGCUAAGUGCUGGAGCUGAUCCCAAUACAGCACCAGUUCCUACAAGCCGUGAUACUGCACUGACAAUAGCAGCUGAUAAAGGACAUCAUAAGUUUGUCGAAAUGUUGAUCCAUGCUCGGGCUCAGAUUGAUGUAAAGAAUAAGAAGGGUUGUACAGCGCUGUGGCUAGCAUGUCACGGCGGUCAUUUAGAAACGGUGCAAACGUUGGUCAAACAUGAGGCGGAUGUCGAUUCUCAAGAUAAUCGCAGCGUUUCACCACUGAUCAUAGCAUUUCGAAGGGGACAUAUGAAAGUAGUGAAGUAUAUGGUUCGACACGUACAGCAAUUUCCAAGUGAUAGUGAUUGUUACCGUUUUAUUUCUACUAUUAAUGAUAAGGAACUGCUAGGAAAAUGCCAUCUUUGCAUGGACAUUAUUGUUGCAGCAAAAGAUCGACAAGCUGCUGAAGCAAAUCGUGCGGCAGAAUCGCUAUUAGAAAUCUUAGCUAAAGAGGAAGCACAAGCAAAAUCUAAAAAACUGUCAAAACAACGACAGAAUGAAAAGAAGAAAGCUAAACGAAAGGCUAAAAAAAAUCAGGCUGAUAGUAACACGGAAAAAAAAGAUGUAGACCGUAAAGAUGACGAACCUCCAAGUAAUAAUGGUGAAGAAUCGGCAGAUGAAGAGCAUCUUUCAGAGAAAGCGAAUUUCAUUGCAUCGGUUGAUGAAAGCUUUACCGGAGAUCGUGAUGUGGAAAAUGAGAUAGAUCCUCCACGCGUUCCGGUAAUUGUCUCAGAAGAGCAGAGUGCUGAUGAAACAAUUUUUGUACAUCCUGAAAGUUUACCUUCAAAAUUCGAAUGCGGAACUUUGAUGUCAACAGACUUUUCUAGUAAUACAAAAUCAUCACGACAAAGAAUUCGAAAGGAAACUGGUAAAAGUGGUGUUUCUGGCAGAUUGCUUCCGCAGAAAUCAGGUAGCGGUAAUACUUCGGACACUGAAUGGAUGAAAGCAACAUCAAAGAAGAACGUGGGGAAAACAGUGACAUCUGCAAGAAGUCCUGCUUGUGGGACAACGCGAAAAGAAGAAACUGGAAACAAUGCAGGAGCAUGGCGAUAUGUUGAUUCGGGUCGUCGACGGUCAGCUCGGUUGUCUGUUUCAUCCAGUUCAAUUGCUCGUGUUAUUGGACGUGCAGGAGGUAACAUAAAUGCGAUUCGUGAAGCCACCGGUGCAUAUAUUGAAGUUGAAAAGCAAACUGGUAAAAAAGAGCAACAUGAUAGACAAAUAACAUUGAAAGGUUCUGAUGCAGCACUGAGGCAUUCAGGAUUGAUAGGUAGGGAACAUGACGAGAGAUUCAACAUAGGAAUAAGCAGAACUAAACAAGCUGUCGAGAUGAUACAUGGUUUGAUCGAUGACAGUGAGUGUAAUGUUGAAGACGUGAUUCAGCGUGUGAAUUCUAUCCACAAUUCUACUACUUCUCAGAGUGAAGAAAAUGCUAUUCGAAGUACUUCAGCAUUGAGUGGAACUGGUAUUGUACCUUCAACAACAUCACCGCUUACUGCACAAAAAAAACCAGUCUCUGGUAUAACAGUGUCACAAGAAUCGCCGGAGAUGGUACACAAAGUUGUAACAACAAGCAAAAAAACCAUUCCUCACAUGACUACUACAAAUGUUUGGGCGCAGCGAGCUGCGCAACGGCAAAGUCAGAAAAUUGUUAGUGCUAUUGGUUCAGAAAAAAAGCAGAAAAUGUCGGCCUUCACAGAACUAGAAAAAUCAAAUUGCGACAUAUCGAUGCAGCCAGUGACACCUGGAAUUGUACGCACGAUCCAAAAUGUUCCAGUUGUGAACACCAGUAUUUUUCAAGCUGUGAAUGAAACUCAAGAACGUAUAGUGAAAGAAUUUUGCCGAGCUCCAGGACACGCAAGGCCAACCUCCGCAUGUGCUUCAACUUCUUCGGCAUCUCCCAUUGGAACAAUUGUCUUCUUCGAAACGCGAGAUAUUAAUCGCUUUGGACGAUGCUUUCAUAUUUUUUCUAAAAUUUGGACGAGGUUGACUUUGCAGAGCACCAAAUAUUUGGAAGAAUUUUUUAAUGUAUAUCAAUUUUCAUUUAGAUAAGC